UCUUUCAAAGUGUAUGCUGUGAGAUUAGAGAAAGAGGAAUCAGGAAAUUCUGCAACUCUGAGUGCCGUUCUAAAACUUGUUGGAUUCAGCUAACUUUUGCCUCUUUCCAUUUUCAGCUGCAUAUGGCUGCUGUUCGCCUUUUGCCUUUUUCUGCGGAAUGAACUGAGGUGCUUCUUCUGCUGUCUUCUGAACAUACUGGUUAUUCUUCUAUGGACUCAGAUUGAGUUGAGGAAUCCAACGCAGAUAGAGACCAGCUAAGAGCAGAAGAUGCCUGCCCCGCCUCCCCCUCCACCCCCAGGGCCGCCACCGCCUCCCACUCUGGCUCUGGCCAACACAGAGAAGCCAACUCUGAGCCGAACGGAGCAGCAGGGACGCGGCGCUCUUCUGUCCGACAUUUGCAAAGGCGCCAGACUAAAGAAAGCCGUCACAAAUGACCGCAGUGGACCCGUUUUCGACAAACCCAAAGGAGGAAGUGGAGGAGGUGGAAGCGGUGGUGGAGGAGGAAGUGGAGGUAGUGGUGGGGGUUUUGGUGGUGGGUCUCCUGCUGGUUUAGGAGGCCUCUUUGCAGGAGGAAUGCCAAAACUGAGGUCUGCAGCAAACCGAGACAAUGACUCGGGACCCAGCCGUGGGCCCGUUCUUCCUCCGGGUUCCCGUUCCGGUGGACCCAGCCCUUUUGGCGGCGGUGGCAGUCCAUCCGGUCCGCCUAAGCUGCCGGGCGUCCCCGCUGUGCCUCGUGGCGGCGCCCCUGAUCUCCCAAAGGGCCGUCCUAAUUUCUCUUCCAGACAGGACACGCCAGGUGGACCGCCUCCUCCAGUACCCAACACCCCCAGGCCACCCCAGAGCCUCCCGUCUCGUGGGGGGCCCUCUCCUCCGUCACUCCCCGGAGGACCCAGGCCCAGUCACGCCAGCUCCCCCGUGCCCCCCAGUGUUCCACCAGGGAGGCAUGGGUCUCUUCCCCCUCCUCCCCCACCAGGGGGCUCCUCCGGUGGGCCUCGGUCGAGCUUCUCCGCGCCCCCUCCUCCGCCUUCAAAUAGCAGCCGACCUCCGUUACCUCCAGCUCCAGGAGGGAGGCCUCCGCUUCCUGACGACCGGCCGCCGCCACCGCCGGCUCCUGUAGGAGGUCACCGACCGUCAAUGCCCCGCGACAUGCCCCCUCCUCCCCCGUCCGUCAACUCCAAACCUUCUGCCUCGCCUUCCUCAACGGGUCGCUCCCCAGCCAGCAGCGGGGUGCCCCCUCUGCCUCCAGGACGACCAGGCCCUCCUCCAAUCCCGCCUGGCCAGGGAGGAGGAGAGGACCAAAACACACCCCGCCUGCCCCAGAGGAACAGCUCACUCAACAGCCACACUCCAGCACCCCCUUCUGGUCGAUCAGGACCCCUCCCUCCUCCUCCAAACGAGAGACCGCCAUCUGUUGGAAGAAACCAGUCUUCACCACGCACAGGUCCUCUUCCUCCACCACCUCCUUCAGGUCGCAGCAUGGGCGGAGGCAGCCUAAGAGCAACCCAAGCUGCCCCGCCCAUCAGUCGGCCGGGCCCGGAGCCUCCUCGUGGCGGCCCUGGCGGUAGGCCCCCCCUGCCACCAGACAGGCCCGUUGGGGGACUACCACCUCCACCACCGAUGGGGAACGGCUUCCAAAACUCUCACCACAACCAAAUGCAAGAUGACUUUGAGUACAGGUUCACCUUUCACCCCAUUUCGGACCUUCCUCCACCCGACCCCUAUGUGCCUUCGCAGAAAACCUACCCCAGUAAGAUCUCUAAGACGGAGAGCAAAGGUUCUGGUAAAAAAGAGCGAGGAGCUCCUCCCCUUCCCCCUAUACCCAGGUGAAGUAAAGAUGGCUGUCUCCACAACACUUGGACCUACCACCUCUUCCUCUGUUCUCAUCUCUCUCUUUCUCAGUUGACCAGAAGUCCUCAUGUGAGGACCACAAGGGGGCAGGGCUCCAGGAAUUCAAAUAAAAGCAUAGUGGAGUUCACACCAUGUGCCUCUAUAGUAGAGAAAUGGUGACUUGGAAUCUCUUUAUAUCGUUGUACAUUUAUGCUUUGGGGGAAAUUAUUAUUUUUAUUUUAUUUUAUUUUUUUACAUUUACAACCAUACUGUUCCUAGAAGGCUUCAUUGAUUUUGAUACUUAAAUUUUGUUUUUGUAAUGAUUCUAUUUCUGCUGUUUUCAGUCGAUGCCAUAACUAAGUUUUAGAUUUUUAUAAACAAGCGAAACGUUUUGAGGAGAAUAUGAACGCUGUGUCUUUCAGUUCUGAUCACAAAUAUAAAGGGAAUUAUGUCCAGGUGGCUUUUUUUAAAUUGAUAAAUCCAUUUUGGUUCAUCACCCACCACCCUCCUUCCCCAUCCACUUUGCUUGAAAUAGUAAAAUUAAAGGUGGUAACUGUGUGAACACAUCAGGAAAUCAAUCAAGGUGCCUUAGAUUCAGACAAAGACAAAGUUUAAAUGAUCUCAGCCUCUUUAUGUUGCCAAAGCCACACAUGCCUCUGCAGCAUGAAUGUAGACUUAUUUUUUUUCACCAGUUUUUCUGCUACAACCACUGGUGCGGUACGUUUUAAUUUUGUGACGAUGCUUGAUGUGUUUUCAUGGACAUUUCUGCAGAGUUUUACAUCAUGAGUGAAAAAUUUCAUUGAAUAUUGUUUUGUUAACUUCUCUUGAUGCACAGCAAAGAGUCUGUAUGUAUCUGUAUGAUGUAAUCAGCCAACAUUUUACUAUGGGAUAAGUUAUGUUUGCAGUAUUAUGUUCGCUAUAAUGUUCUGCUUUGUUUUGUUUUACAGAAACAUUUUCUGUGAGGCUAUCAUAUGAAAGGAAACUAUUUGCGUUUAAAAUGCUUUACUUAAGCUUACUUUAGGUGAAAAAGGGGAGCGCUUUUAUUGAAUUAUAUGCCGAUAUUCCUGAACAAUUACUGUUUAGGAACAGAAAAGGACAGUGCGCUGUAGAGUCAAUUAAAUAAACAAUAUUUUACCACAUAAACCGUAUUAUUCAUUUACAUAAAUGUGCAAUAAAAAGGACAAUAAAUGUAA